AUGUCCUCCGGCCCAAUCCCAAAUCGAGGGCCGCCUGGGCCUCCCCGGCCCCAAGUUGACAAGCAAAGCAAUGGAAAGCUUGAUGGCAACAUCACGAAAGUAGCGACAAUGCUCUGGCGGCUCCAGCCGAUGAAUGCGCAGCGCAUCUCCCUGCAAGAGCUGCGCGACAAGUUCGGUAUCAUCCCUCAACUGCUGGACGUUCAGACCGGCAAGCCGCUCACGCAUGGCGAGACCUUCAUCAAGCUGGUCUCGUCAGACCAGAUGAGCGCCUGGAUGGACCACUUCCAACCCCGACAAGAACCAGACUUCGAGGAAAGCGACUUUGAGUUUGAGGACCUCAAUCCCCGCGGCCCAAGCUCCUGGGACCCCGCCGGCGAGUCAAUCGACAUGAAGAACAAGAUCCUUAACCACGUGCUGUGCUCCAAAAACUGGGAAAUGGGCAACAUUGUCGAGAGCAAGACAAGCUGGCGUUCGUUCCUGAUAAAAUGGGAUCAUCUCCAGCGCUCAGACCACCACCACAACUGGGAGGUGAGCGAGAUCUUUCUCUCGGUUGACCCCAGUCAACGCGAUCCCAUGUGUCUGUCUUGCGAUCCGGACCCACGGUUUCCGCAUAUCCAAGCCUGGCUCCACGACGCUAUCCCUGUCGGCGAAGACUUGUCCUUGACUGUAGCCGAGCUUAGUACUGUCCUGGCGCUGGCACUUUCAGUGAUGGGCCGACCCAUGUAUCGUCGAGCAUUAAUAGUGCCGAUUACAGUCUUCUCCUGCUCUUCCCGGCGGCUGCGCAUCGUGCAAGGCGGCGUCGACUUCCAAAGCGGCAAGGUGGAUAUUCGCAUCAGCCCAACGGCGGACUUCUCUGCUGGUGGAGUACGCACUGAUGCCCAGAGCAGAGCCAUCCUCCUCAAUGUCCUGGGUUGGUUCUGUGGUGAGCCGGUCGGCAAGGUCAUGCCGUAG